AAGUAUUUGUGUAUUUAUAGUACAACUUAUGCAUAGGAUAAUAUAGUAUAUCUUAUUACAAUACUAAAUAAUUUUCUACUCGUACUGAAAAGGCGGUGCAUACACAUCUACCCAAAUACUCAUCGGGGUAUUUGAAUGCUUUCAUUUUAGAAAAUCUAUACAAAACAAUUUAGCCCAGAAAUCUUUGAUGACAAACAUUUUUUAUUCAGAUUUUAAUUUAUCAAAAUUUCUAAAAAAGAAUGUCAUAUUCCCCUUUCCAAUCAACAGAAACUGGCAAUUGGACGGACUUACCUCUGCAUUGUGUACUUUAUGAAUGGUUAACAAAAAACAUGAAUUUGCCUAACGAUUACGGUACGAUCAUUGCAUAUAUUGGAUUAUUCCUUAUAACAUGGUAUACAAUAAUAUGGGCAGUUCGCUUAGUAAUGGCGGUUAUUUGGCCAUUAUUUAUUAUAGCUUCUGCGAUUGUUGUAUUUCGAAUAUUACAGUUCUAUGAUCCCGAAGAAAUCACUACAAUUAUGAUGAAAUCGUUCAGUAUUAUUGCAGAUACAUUGGUAAUGGUUUUAGCUAAACUUCUUGAAUUUGCAUUUGAUAUAUUCGAUUAAAUGGAAUCAUACUUCAAAGCAUUAGACAUAAAAUGAAGCGA